AUGAGCUUAUGCACGCUGCUUCCUCCUUCCUCCCUCUCUCUCUCCCUGCCAACCAAACGCAAAAGAUUCAUAAUUAUUGCUCCCAACAAACCAGUAGAGGAGGAGGGAGUCAUCCCCAAGAAACAGAAGGUGGUGGAUAAAAUCUCCCUAAUUCCACUGGAUGCAGUGGGAAAUCAUCAUCAUCAUCAUCACUGGAUACAUAAGCGCCUAAGUACCAGUGACGUGAACCUUUCAUCAAGGCUGUUGCUGCCCAAAGAGGAACUCACAAAAUACGUCUUGCCUCUCAUGGAUAUGGAGUCUUGUAGAGCUUGUCAAAACAGGGAUGGGUUGAGAGUUAAAAUAUGGGAUUUGGACACUGAGUCAGAGCAUCAACUUAACCUCAAACAAUGGAAUACGGGCAGCUUUCUUCUCACUAGCAAUUGGAAUACAGAGUUUGUGAAAAGGAGGAGUUUGCACCAGGGUGACAUCAUUUCCAUGUGUUGGGACGUUGAGAAUCUAAGGUUCUUGUUCCGCAAGUUCAGUUCCCAAUCUUAG